GCCACCGGGAGUGGAGCAGUGGAAAAGCGCAACCAAAGGGUUAACCCAAGACCAAAUUAAGCUAAUUGCCGGAAUAUCUGCCGGGGUUGGGUUGUUCUUCAUCUUAUUGAUAAUCAUUUGUUGCAUUUGUUGUUGUCGGAAGAAGAAGAAGAAGAGUAAACAAGAACACAUACACCAUUAUUACGGCGAGUACCCAAUGGGUCCCCCACCAGAGCAGUACUAUAUGAAUAGCGGCCAACACCCUCCACCUCCUCAAAAAUGGCAACAAUCGCAACCACCGAUGGGGAUGAAUUACAGCGGUGGACAGCCUGGGACCGGGUGGCAAGGUGGGCCUCCUCCGAUGAUGUCCAGUGGGGACAUGACUAGCGCCAAUUACUCCAACCUCCAGCCGCCGCCCCCGCCGCCAACGAUCUCGGUUGGUUUUAAUCAAAGCACUUUUACAUUUGAGGAGUUGCAGGCUGCAACGGGCGGGUUUGCACAGUCAAAUCUGUUGGGGCAAGGUGGGUUCGGGUAUGUUCAUAAAGGGGUUUUGCCUAAUGGAAAAGAAGUUGCGGUAAAGAGCUUGAAAUCUGGCAGUGGGCAAGGUGAGAGGGAAUUCAUGGCAGAGGUUGAGAUUAUCAGUCGGGUUCAUCAUCGACAUCUUGUGUCGCUCGUUGGGUAUUCGAUUACUAAUCAACAGAGGUUGUUGGUUUAUGAGUUCCUUCCUAAUGACACUCUUGAAAAUCAUCUCCAUGGGAGGGGCCGUCCAGUUAUGGAUUUUCCUACUAGGCUCAAGAUAGCAUUAGGCUCUGCCAAGGGACUCGCCUAUCUCCAUGAAGAUUGCCACCCGAAGAUCAUUCAUCGGGACAUCAAAUCUUCCAACAUACUCUUGGACUUGAACUUUGAAGCUAAGGUGGCUGAUUUUGGGUUGGCCAAGCUCUCUACGGACAAUCACACUCAUAUAUCUACACGAGUGAUGGGCACGUUUGGGUAUCUGGCUCCAGAGUAUGCAUCAAGUGGGAAGCUGACAGAGAAAUCUGAUGUGUUCUCGUUUGGGGUCAUGCUCUUAGAACUCAUCACAGGGAAGAGACCCGUGGAUCCAACCAAUGUCAUGGAAGAUUGCUUGGUGGAUUGGGCACGCCCUCUCAUGACCCGAGCACUGGAUGAAGGCAACUUAAAUGAGUUGGUUGACCUUAAAAUGGAGGGCAACUUCAACACUGGAAAGAUGCUAAGAAUGAUCGCAUGUGCCGCUGCCAGCAUUCGCCACUCUGCCAAAAAGCGUCCUAAGAUGAGCCAGAUAGUGCACACGUUGGAAGGAGAUGCAUCUUUGGACGACUUGAACGACGGGAUCAGGCCCGGCCAAAGUUCUAUCUUUGGCGCAGCUGGGGGUAGUGGCGGCGAGUACGACAUCAGUGCUUACAACGCCGACAUGGAAAGGUUCCGACAAGUAGCAUUGGCAAGCCAGGAAUUCUCAAGCAGCGAACAUGAGACCACUUCAUCAAGCAGCGAUUCUCGAGACAUGGCACCGGCCGGCCUUCGCAAGUACAAUUUGUAAACGGAACAUACAACUGGUUGUAACCAACAAACAAAGCUCGACAAACAUUGGAGGGGGAUGUUAGAAGAGGAAAAUGAGAGACGACUUUACUGAAUAGAGUGCAAAAGAAAGAAAGAAAUUAAUGUUAGGCAUUCCAUUGAAGUCUUUUUUACUCUCAGUUGUUUUUGUUGUGCAAAUGUAUGUUUUUUUAAUGGUAGGAAAAACCAAGAGGAGAAAGUAUUGGAAAAGAACAAAGAAAAGAAGCGGAAAGAGGAAGACAAAAAAAAAAAGGAAAAAACAAUUGUUAAGCAUAUGAUGUUGGAUCUUGAUUUAUAGUACUGACUGAAAAUUUCUCUUUCUUUCUUUCAUUUUAUUAUUUUCAUAAGUGGACAAUUAAUUUCUCAUUCAUCCUCUUUGUGGUUUGUAACAUUUGAGUAAUGAAAAGUGGAGACACAUAUCCAGUUCUAUAUACU